GCCGCAUUGUCAAGCUCAGGAGUUUAGCGCUCCACGACCGUAUGUCCCCGUCUUGAGCCGACUUAUACAUACAAAUUAACAAAUAUAUAUGACUAUAAUAUAUACUGUACAUGUUAAACUAAAUUUGACCAAGGGCAAGCAGUGUACAGUUAAAUAUGACUUUAUUGCUGCGAAACCACGUUAACAUUCUCCGGGCCGCUUGGGUGCGCUAUGUGGCAGUCGACAAGCGUCAAUGGCGAACGGGUAAACGAUGGUUCCGCAUGGACGACACAACCUGGUGAACUAGAAAUGUAAAACAACAUGUGCACGUAACCUUUUUAUUUCAAGUAAUAUGUGAGCGUACCCAAGUCAUGACUAACAGGAAGAAGCAGAAGGGUGCGGACACAGCGGUGCAGGGCACAAAUGACAGCAGUGUGCUGAGUAAAGUAUCUGCUGCAGCUCAGGGCUACUUCCACGAUUCCUUCCUUCAGCAUUUUGUGUGCAAAGUGGCGAGAAGAGCUCCGCUCAUCAACAGGGGCUACUAUGUGCGCUGGAGAGCAGUGGACCACUGUGUGCAGACCUUCCUGCAGGUCACACAGCAUUGUGCCAAGAGACAGAUUUUGUCUCUGGGCGCCGGAUUCGACUCCUUGUAUUUUCGCCUGUGUGCAGACGCGACAGCGCUUGAGAGGGCUGUUGUGUUUGAGGUAGAUUUCCCCGAUGUCACCCGGCGUAAGGCAGCUCUGAUCAGGUCCAACAAGACUCUGGCAGGAAUGUUAGACCCCCAGUAUGAACAUUCUCCUACAGGGCCUGUGUGUGUGUCUAGCAGUCAGUACUUCCUGUUAGGGGUGGAUGUGCGACAUGCCUCCCUUGUCGAAGAUGCUCUGACUAUGGUGGGACUGGACCAGGCUACCCCCACGCUCAUUCUUUCCGAAGUGGUCCUCACCUACAUGGAAACACAGCAGUCUGAUGACAUCAUCGCUUGGGCAGCAAGGCUCCUGCCCCGCUCCCUCUUUGUGAUGUACGAGCAGAUCCAUCCUCAAGAUCCGUUUGGGCGCAUCAUGCAGGAACAUUUCCUCAAACUCAAUUCCACUCUGCAUGCGCUUCGACAAUACCCCGACACUGACGCUCAAAGGCAAAGGUUCCUGGACAGGGGAUGGGAGCAGUGUGUUUGCGUGGACAUGAAUGACUUCUUCGUCAGGUUAAUCCCAGAUGACGAGAGACUCCGAGUGGAGAGACUGGAGCCGUUUGACGAGUAUGAGGAGUGGCACCAGAAAUGCUCUCACUACUUCGUCCUCACAGCAUCUCGAGGUUCUCUCACAGCGCAGUCCUUGCUCGUCCAGCCUCCAGUGUCCAUAAAAAGCCCAUCUUGGAGCCCCAUUGACCUCCCAGUGAAGACGCUGACAGUCGGUGUGGAAGGCCUGGGCUCGGCGUCCACCUGUCUUGACAAAGGACACAUCCUCCUCACGGGAGGCUCAUGCAGAAGUGGCAGAGGAGCUCCAAGUCGACUCCUGCUCCGAGGCUCUGAAGGCUGGACAAGCGUCACUGUACAACCCUCAGCACAUUUGGGUGUUCGCCUGUACCACACUGUCACCUCCACUCCCGGGGGAGUUGCUGUCAUAUAUGGAGGCCGAUCCUCUCCUCUCAGCCCAAUCAGAGGUCUUGUCAAAGUCACCCAUAAUGGUGGAUCACUUCAUGAGGAGCAGAUGGUCUGCACAGGUGAUCAUCCCCCACCUAGGUGGAGACACACUGCUACUCUGCUCUCUCAUAAAGGAAAAAAACUGCUUUUUGUCUUUGGUGGGAAAAAUGAGUGUGAAGCUGUUUUGGGUGGUGGCUACUUCCUGGAUAUUGAUCAGCAGCACUGGAUGGAGGUGAGCCUGUUGCCAGUAGAGGGCGCAGCACCGGAUGACCGUCAUUCCCACUCGGCGUGUGCCUACCAGGGAGGGGUGCUGGUCUUCGGGGGACUGGGAAGAAGGGGACAGCCUAUGGGGGACACAGUUGUGCUGAAGCCCAAUGAGAGAGGCUUUUGCUGGGAGAGGAUAGACGUACAGCCCCCUCCUUGUCCCAGGUAUUCACAUUCCGCUCAUGUGAUCGGCAAGCACCUGAUUGUGGUGGGAGGCGUUUGGCUGCGUUCAGACGACGUGCCAGGAGUGGCCAUAAUUAACCUCGACACGCGCUGCGGCUUGGAGUUCCGUCUGAACACGAGCUCAGUGCCCUGGCCGCUGAUGUUGCACUCCUUCUGCUCUGAGCUGACGGACCAAAAGAAAGCAGAGCUGCUGCUCAUUGGUGGAGGAGGAAACUGUUUCUCCUUUGGGACGCAUUUUAACCCUCAACUGGUCACUGUGGACCUUCAGCCUGCUUUAAGGUAGCUUGCACUUUUUCAAAUGUAAUGUUCCAAAUUGCAACUUUGGCUAAUUUCAUGGGAACGGUGUUGCUAGUAACUUUAGGACAGGCAUUAGACACGGACAGCUGUAUUUGUAGUGUACUAUCUCGUGGAAUUAAAUAACGUGGCUUAUGUAAAUAGUUACGUAGUUUACUUGUUUGUAUUACUGCUGUUAACUUACAGGUGAUGAGGUAGGUGUGCUGACGGAAGUCACGUUCGUAUGUUGCAAUAGCAUCUGCUCCCUCAGUCUUGAAACAAACUUCAGUCAUAAACAUCUUGAUUUGCUUUCUGGACAGGAUUUUUAUUUUGUUGACCUCAGUUCAAAGUCCCAAAGACAUGUCAUUUCCUGUCGUAGAUCAUAGCCUGGUGCUGGUGGACUCAUUCGGUGAAGCGCCUGAAGGACUGGACUGCAGCGCUAGCCGCCCCCCAGUCGCCAGGCUUGCGAUACUCGCCCUUCUCCAGGAAGUACUGGCGCCCACGGUAGUUGGGGUGCUCGUAGAAGACCCACCAGCCGUCAAAAACCUUGCACGAGUUCACCUCCCUCCAGCGGAACUUCUCCAGGAGCGAAGGACAAUCCUCCGUGGCCUCAAAGGCUUUGCCCCCGAAGUCAGCUUUCUCAUACAGCUGCAUCUUGUAGAGGGUCCCGCUAGUCUGGAAGGAUAAGACAUUGAAAGCCUGCUGUUUUAAAGGACAUACUGCAAAAAUACAUGUCAAAGAUUCUCUGACUGCAGUGCUCUUCUGGUUUUGACUUUGUACUGCCAAAAGGCUAGCCAAAGAUUGUGUAUUUGACAAGCGUGCUUUCAAAACUAGAGCCAUAAUGCUAGUCAAAGAUCAUGUAUUCCGUUGGCACACCCUACCAGUUUUAAAUACAAUUGCCAAAAUGGCAGGCAAAGAUAAUAUGACAGGAGCAUCCUGUUGAUUUGGAAAAACUAGGGCAGAAAAGUGCCAGCCAAAGAUCCGCUAUUUGUCAGGAGAGCCCUGCUGGUUUUAAAAACUCCUGCCAAAAAGCUAGGCAAAGAUCCUCUAUACCAGGGGUCUGUAGUCCGCGGCUCUUCAGCUACCUUGUUGUAGCUUCCUUUGGUGAAGUUGGUGUUGUUUUGGGGUUUUUUUUAACACCAAAGUGGAGGAAAUGUGCAUUUUCUAAAAGAGUUUGAAAUAUCCUACUCACCGUAUGUCCAUCAAUAGAUGAGUAGGGGAAGGGGGAGGGGUGCCAGUGUGUGCAGUGAGACACGAAAAAGCCGCCUUAUUAAAAGCCGUGUUACCGCCAGGGUAAACGAGUACUUCCCUGUAAUGAAAAAUCUCAGUGGAAAAUGGAGAGUUAAUUCUGAAUGGACAUAUUCCUUUGCCUUCACUGCCAGUGACGCUGGCUUACCCGUGUGCUUGAUAUGUAGUGAGAAAUUAGCAAACAAAAAAAGGUAACGUUUAAAGACUUUUUCAAAACAAGCACUCAGCUUCUUCUGAAAACUCCCCAACUGCAAAUUGCAGUAAGUGCGAUUUCGGACCUGCUGUGCUACGGAACGUUGAGCAGAGCAAACAUACUUUCAAGAAGUGGAUAAACGCUCCAAGCUCAACGACAGCUGCUAAUGUGGCUGCACUGGCGAUCGUAAUGAGGGGGGAAGCCUUCACAGAUGGUGAAUACACGAAAAAAAAAUCGCUCAUAAAAAUACUGAAGCAUCUAUUCGCUGGCUUCCAAACAAACAGGAAAUUAUUCUGAAAAUUCAAGUAACGCUGUACAUCUCCCCAAAGACAGUCAAGGGCAGGACCAAUAGAAUGUCAACAGGGCUCUUUGGAUGGUACAGGUUGCCGACGUCUGCUCUAUACCAGUGGUCCCCAACCUUUGUUUAAUUCACAGACUAGUUUUGUGUUCCAACUUUAUGCAUUCACACCAAGCAGCAGCAUGUGGGAACGACGAGGUGAAAGAAGUACGAGAAAAAUAAGGUAUUUGUGGCAGCAUUGGAUAAACUUGCACUUUGUCUCCGCGCACACGAUGUGUUCAAGGACUGCGCCACGAAACAAACUAAACGACAAACUAUGGGCUUUCCAAAAGGUAUAUUAGUUUUCCAAUAAAAUAGCUUUUAUUUCCAAAACUAUUUUUACAAAUGUGUGUUUUUUUUAAAUCAUUGCUUCUGAAAGUCUUGCACAGCCCGGUUCGGCCUCGCCCACGACCAGCAUCAGGCUGCGGGCCAGUGGUUUGGGACCUCUGGUCUAUAAGACAGGAAAACUGUGCUGUAAAAAUGUUACUGUAAAGCCAAGGUUCCUAAAGUGGGGUACGGCAAUUGUGAUGGGCGUACGAGAAUAAAAAUGAAAAACAAUUAGCGUCACUCACAAUUAAGAGUGCGCCUGAACGCCUCAUGGAGAAAGCAGCAGAAAGGAGACAGUGCAUGAAGUUGUUCAUUGCUCUGUGUGCAUUAUAUGAACAAAUAAGUACGUUUGAUGAUUAUUUUGUGAAUUAAGAGUUGAAGCUCGCAGAUUUCGUUUAUAUUGGUGUUCCAAUCCCACCACAGCGCAGCGGUGAAAGCCUGUCACUAAGCGGGGAUUGCCCCGAAAAUAAGGCUUUAUCAUUGGUUGUAUGUGUUUUUGUACUUCGGAUACUGCUUUAUCAUGAUUGUUAAACGUUCCCCUUCAAUUUGGUAAUAAAUGAAUAUGCAGACUUAAACCACAGCCAUCGUGAGUGGACAAUAAAAGUGAAGCUCAAAUUCAACCCAUUCAAAAGGAUGCCAACGUCAGACUGGAAUAAAAGAUAUGAAGGAUGAUUACUUAUCAGUGCUCAUGCGAAACUUUAUCAAAAAUGUGACCAUGCAAAAUACACAUUUUUGACCCGGAAUUACUAUAAAAUGAAUUAAGCAUUAUGUUCACUAUUUGAAGUUAAUUCAGAUAAAAAGGGUUUAUGUUUUUAAGUGUGCAGGAGUAGGGAUACAUGGGGACGGCAUGGCUCAGGUGGCAGAGUGGUCGUCUACCAACCUAAAGGUUGCGGGUUUGAUCCUCCUCAUGUCGACAUGUCCUCAGGCAAGAUACUGAACCCCCAGUUGCUCCUGACGCCACGUCAUCAGUAGGUAAAUGUGCCAACUGUCAAAGCGCUUUGAGUGCCUUGGAGGUGGAAAAGCGCUAUACAAGAUAGUGAACAACCAUUUACCAUGGCUUCAGGUCAAAUGUCUGAAGGGGUACGCGACUGUAAAAAGUUUGGGAAGCACUGCUAUAAAGUGUUGAGUAUGUUGGUCUUGUAGUUUGUUGGCUUUGCGAGUCGCUACACAAUCAAUCCGUGUUGGAUGUCCGGUGAGGUUCAAAGUGAACACAUGAAAGUAGAUUGAUUGUUUUGAUUGAACGUGCCUGCAAGCAGCGGGUCAGCUGGAUGCUCCCAAGAGACUGACCCCAGUUACAGUUAUCAGCACCUCUUACUAUCACCAAAGCGCUCACUCAUGUUGCUUUUCUUUCAUGUAAGAAGAAAGUAAAACACCACUCACAAAGUGGAUCAUCUUGCAGGAGCUGAGGCGAUCGUUGAGGCCCAUCCAGCGCUGGUACUCGGGGUACUCGCCCCGGGUCAGGACGUACUGGUAGCCCAUGUAGUUGGGCCUCUCGUACACCACCCAGGCACCGCUCUCCACUCGGAUGGAGUUGCAGCGGCUCAGGUAGGUGUGGAAGUCGGAGCAGUCGCUGUCGCACUCGUAGCGGCGGCCCUGGAAGUUCUUGUCCUCGUAGAAGACGAUCUGCAGGACAGAGCGUACAAUGGUAAGACAUAAGGUUGUUGAAGACUUGGCAAACAUUCCAUCCGUUCCAGCUGACUUGCUGUUAUACUGGUACGCAGAAAAAUGGUUAUUCCAUCUAUUUCUUAGUAGCGCAUUUACUGUAGAUGAGCGGCGUCGCCAGGAAUUCUGAGCCCUUUGGAACUGUCCUAACUUUUCCCCCCGUAUAUGGCACCCCUGCUGUAGCCUUUCUCAGCUGACCCUGGACUGCAAUGGGGCAUUGAGUGGAAAUCAAGCUAGCUACUCAAAAGUCAACUCUGUGAAUCGUUACACUGGUCUGUCCAGUAGUAGUAGCUAGAGUCUAAACCCUGAAUGACCAGGAUUACUACAAUCAACAGAAGCAGCAGCCAGCUUCGUGAACCACUACGCUACCCAUUGCAUCCUGUCUUUCCUGUUGGCUGUUCUGACUCUCCAACCUGGCUUGUAUAGUGAAGAAUUACAUCUGUACUGAAAAAGGUUAUCCAAAAGACGCGGUCAAGAAACCAGACCUAAAUGCCUUAAAGGUGUAUCCACUCACCCGGCCCAUCUUGGAGAAAAUGUGCGGCGCAGCCUUGGUGUUGAUGCGAAGGCGAUUGUGAUGCUUCUCGUUUGCCCUCUGAGGUCUCGAUGUUGCGCUGGGAAUCUGGGUGGUCCCUUUUAUAGCCCUGCCUCGCCACAUUUGGAAGGCAAACAGGGGAACAAUCGCUUUGUCAUGAAAAUGAGAUCCAAAAAUUGAGUCAGUGAUUCUAGCGCUAUUCAGUUUUUCCAGAAAAGCGAGGAAGGAUUACGGCAUAAUGGCCGGGCCAUGGUAAGCGUCCAAUGACCCCACGUCUAUGUUGGCUGCGUCCAGCGAACCCAGCCCUCUCCCCCCUCGUAUCGCACAUGCCAGCUCCACCGGCAUAACCCCCACCUGGCGAGGGAGGUCCUGCCAAGUCAGGACUUAUUUAUGCUAGGACAUUGCUGUGGGCGCCAUCUUUUUUCCCUUUUAAAAAGGUGCGGAUACACUUCAAGUGCCACUUGACAAGACUCACUGGACAUUUCAUUAGGUACAUUCAAUACAUGAGGUAACAAUAGACUAUUAGUGGUGCAGAAGUGCACUGCAUCAUAGUGACAGAUGUGUCACUGAAUAAACUGCUUAGCUAUCAAAAACUGCUCUUGUAUUGGAUCUCAUUACGUGUACCUAAUAAAAUGUCCAGGCAGUGCAUAUUCAUAUUGCUAUAUACCCAUGCAGUGUUUUUAUUCUUUUAACUUGUUUUCUUUUUUGAAAAUGUACAAAAAUGUGUCCAUUGUAACCAAGUGUAUGAGUCAUUUUUUAGUGAAUAUUAGUCAUCUUUACGUUUUAUUAGCAAAUACAAAUCGCGCUAAAAGCUGCACAGAAGACAGCUGUGCUGCAUUCAUUUCUACAGUCAUUGUCUCCAGUACAUAAAACCUUUAAACAUUGUUUUAAGUCUCUGUCAUGUACCAUGAGCAAACAGCUAACAGGAAGCUAAAACGGCCUCCACAACAUACAUUCGGAGGUAUAUAAAGUGCAAAACAAUCGGUAUUUUAUGCGGCUGGGAUUCAUGAAAAAUAUAAUAGACUUCUUCCACUACAGUGACUUUUACAGGAAAAAUGCACAAACUUUCCUUCCCAUCAUGGGAGGGGAAAAAAAACAUAAAAAACCAGGGAGCAGUGCUGACCUCUACCAAGGAGCGGAAAAACAUUAAUUUCAGAGGUUCAUGCUCUACUGAGUGCUAGAAAUCAUCUUUCUAAUAGUUAAUGCAGCCUCGACAGUACUUCAUUCUAUUUUCAUACAGAAGACAGCAUGUAGUCUUCACCCUAAUUGACCCGUACUUUACAACAAGUUCAAGUUGACUGAAUAAUAAUUCCCUAAAAACGUGUCAAUGACUCAUUACUCCUCAUUUAAAUAAAUAGAACUGAGGUGUAAGGUGUCCUGAAGUUUUUCUUGGGCCCCCUUAAAGUUCAACAAGCCAUCGGCGACUGCCCCACCGCCCCUUUACUUGUAAUGUACGCUUCAACAUUAACUGGCAGCUCGUCUCCCCGUGGGCCGCUGUCAGAGAACUGGAGGGGGGACACCGGGGUCGGGAUUAGGCUGUCCAGUUCCUGCCUUUGUCCCGUCUCCAGGAGCCACUCAUGGAACUUGGCCUCCACCAGCUCCUGGAACUUGCACUUCUGCUCCCUACACACAGAACGAACACACACACACACACACACACACACACACACACACACACACACACACACACACACACACACACACACACACACACACACACACGUUAAAGCAGUAAGUAAUCUAGAAGUUGGUGAUUUAGCAGGAUUAUGCAUGGGACAAAGGAUGCCCCAUUACAUGUUUGGUGCAGAUCUGGAUAAAAAGGUAUGGCUCCAGGAAUUUCAUUUUCACUUAUUGAUGUUACAACUCAUGCUGUGGUCUGGGUCAUGUUGAGUGCAGAGUCCCUCAAGCUAAUGGCACCACACACACGGGCAUUAGCGCAAAUUUUUAUUGACUGCUGGCAUCCAAGCUACAUCUGAACACCACAGUACUUACAUUCGUUGAUACAGAAUAGUGCUUUAGUGUGUGGAAAUAAACAUAUCAUGUUUGUUUUUGUGGUCAUACCUAGGGUACAACUUUUUUUUCCCGUGGCUGAUUAUGGAGUUAUGAUUGAGGCUGCCAAAUUCUGCCUAGCAACAAGAAUCAAGUGUGUAAUUCAGUUAAACCUAUGCUCAGCACCUGCUAGCUAGCAGAGUUUAAUCAAGAAUCACACAUUUGUGAGAGAUCAGAGACCCAACUCUGAACGUUCUGUGUCUGUCUUAAGCUAUCAAGACCGCCCCCCACCCGCCAACCCUCAAAAUGACCUUUUCCUAUGCAUCACCCACUUGUUGAGUCGGGCCUCCAUCACAGUCUUCUGCCAUCUUUGUAUUCUCUUCUUCUUCUCGUAGAGCGCUGCCUGGUAGCGAGGUGGCAACUCCCCCGGCACCUCAAACGUGUCUCCCUUCAUCUGGAAAGGCACCACCAGCAUGUGGAACUCCUCCGGUGGCAGCAGGCGGUAGCAGGCCGGAUCGGGGUUUGCGGCCAAAGCUUUGACAAGGCCAUCGGUCCCCAGCAGCAGCGGCUGGUCCCACAUGUUGGGGACCACCGCCAGCCCCACGAUGCCCAUGUGGUCCUCCAAGGUGGGGUAGAAGGUGUGGUAGGGGCCCAAGGUGAUGUUGGCAUUCCCAGGCAGUAGCAGAGGGCGGGUGGGCGUCAGGGCAUGGACCGUGCAGCGUGACGAUGCGCCAACAGCGAUCCUGCCCGCCACGCACACCACGCGCACGUUCUGGCAGCAGUGCACGUGGACGCUGGUCUCCACGGGGCCCAGAACAACCGUGCAGUCUCUGCAUUUGUCCACACUGACUGACCUGGAGAACACACAACCAACACCAAGAUCAAUCAGUAUAAGAUGCAGUAUACAUGUACAGUAUCUAAAUGCACGAUGUGGAUCAGAUCGAGAUCAAACUCCACAUUACUGACUGUGGAAGCAAACUCAAAUUGGUUGAUAUUUGGCAGAGAUGGAAGUGUCUUAGCAUGUUAAAUGGGAUUUUUUUUUUCAUGGUAAAAUUGCAAUUGCUUUCAAAUUUGCAAUCAGA